AUGCAAAUAUCUCCGGAUGAACAGCACAAAAUGGCGACAAUAUACAAAUCUGAGAAGAGGGAUGAGAUGGUGAAAGAGGGAUAUAGGAUUAGAGGCAAUUCAGAUCAGGUGAGAUGGAUCGAUGCUUGGAAGAAGAUAUUCUUGAGAGCGACCAUUUUCCGGGUUGUUAGAACAAGCAUUCUUUUAGCGGGGAAGUUAACGAGGCGGAUUCCUGAGAUGUCUGUCCGAGUUGUUCAAGACUUUUUUUUGGAUAAAGAAGGUAGUUCAGACUUGGGGUUCAAUCAUUGCAUAUCGAUAGCAAAUUUCAAGGACCCUAUCCAUCACGAUUUUACCAGAGGUUAUGAGCUUCUCAUCCAACUGAAAUGCACUAUAGUGGAGUGGAGGUUGUGGAAACCUAGGUAAGAGCAAGGAAACCUACGAAAGAGCAAAACAAUAUAUUCAUGGCAACGAGAGAGAAAGACGUUUUAAGAUUGAUGGAGUACAAAAAAAAAGAGGAGAACCCGAAACAAAAUCGCAUGAGAAGCAGAACUUACUGCUUCCGUUACUCUCUUCCCUCCUCAUUUACCUAUUCAGCUUCUCCUGCCCAGAUUCCUAAGUUUUCUCUCUUCUCUCUCCCUCUCUCUCUGAUUCACUUGUCAAUAUAUUCUGGGAAUUUACGACGGAGAAAGAGAUAAUGGAGGAGGGAAGUCAAUGGCAUCAAUGGAGUAUGUUCAGAUCUCUGCUAUCGAUUCUUCAAUGGUGGGGUUUUAACGUUACCGUUAUCAUCAUGAACAAAUGGAUCUUCCAGAAACUGGAUUUCAAGUUUCCGUUGUCAGUUUCGUGCGUUCAUUUCAUAUGUACAUCGAUUGGAGCUUACAUUGUGAUCAGAGUCCUGAAGAUAAAACCAUUGAUCGUUAUUGAUCCAGAAGAUCGAUGGAAGAGGAUUUUCCCAAUGUCGGUCGUAUUCUGUAUCAACAUUGUCUUGGGAAACAUCAUUCUUAGAUACAUCCCUGUCUCUUUUAUGCAGGCAAUCAAAUCCUUCACUCCAGCAACAACAGUUGUGUUACAGUGGAUGGUAUGGAGGAAAUAUUUCGACUGGCGUAUUUGGGCGUCGUUGGUUCCAAUUGUCGGUGGGAUCCUUCUGACUUCUAUUACAGAACUUAGCUUUAAUGUGUUUGGUUUUUGUGCUGCUUUGUUUGGUUGUUUAGCUACCUCUACAAAGACCAUUCUUGCGGAAUCUCUUCUUCACGGUUACAAAUUCGACAUGUCAGUCUUCUGUUCCCUGAAGUUUCCAUCUUAACAUUCAUAUGGUGGUUUUGUUAAAACAUAAACACAAUGUACUAUAUGGCGCCAUUUGCGACCAUGAUUCUCGGUUUACCAGCAAUUUUACUUGAAGGCAACGGAAUCUUGGAUUGGUUCGAAGCACACCCGUCUCCAUGGUCGGCUCUCAUCAUCAUAUUCAGCUCGGGUGUUCUAGCUUUCUGUCUUAACUUCUCCAUCCAACUGAUUUUACAUCGACAGCUUUGCUUUAUAAAAUUAUGUCAUAUUCUAAAGCUUAUUUAAAUAUUGUAUACACUACUCAUAUCUUAUUAAUUUAUUUAUUUUUGUAGUUCAAAACAUAUGUAGUGGAUGUGUGUAGUCCUAUUUUAUAUAAUAGUUUUUUUGUCAACAUAUAAUAGGUUUUUCAUCAAUUUUUGCAACUGAUAAAUUUAAAUUUCCAUUUCUUGCAACUAAUAAACUUAAAAUUAACACGAAAGUUUGUAAAUAAAUACAUAAAAUAAUAUAGAUAGAUGAUCAUAGAAAUUUGAUUAAAUACAACUUAAUACAAAUUUAGGGAAUUUAGUGAAGGGUAUUAGGUGGAUAUCAGAAAGUGAGUGGGAAACAGCCAACAUGAAAUUAUAAAAAAUUCGAUUGAUUUUAAAAGUUUACAGAUUUGUGAAAUUUUAGAAAAAAGAUUUGCUAAAUUUUGAAAUAGUUUGUAUUAGAAAAUUUAUCAAAUUGUUUUUAUUAUAUUAACUUUAAAAAUCUAAGCCAUAUAGAUAGUAUUUUAAAAAUUU